AUGGCAUCUACUGUUGAAAGUGAUAUUUAUCUCGAAAAAUGCGUUGCAGAUGGAUCUACGAACAACAUUCUCAAUAACGUGUCUGGUUCAUUCGAAUCCGGUCGGAUGGCGUGCAUUCUGGGACCCUCUGGUGCAGGAAAGUCGAGUUUCCUGAACAUUCUCAGUGGUCACAGAAAAUGCGGAGUCUCUGGAAAGCUGCGAUUAGAUGGGACGGUUCUAUCCGGUAGACAGAUGCGAAAACUCAUUUCAUACACACCACAAGAGGCAAGUCUCUGGCACAAUCUUACCGUACAGGAAAGUAUAGCCUAUGCUGCGGAUUUCAAACUAUCUCCCGCAAUCCCCCGGGAAACGAAAGAUGAAAACAAUCAAAAACUACUGGAAAUCCUGGGACUGGAGAAGUGUUCAAACACGUUGGUGAAGAAUCUUUCCGGGGGUGAAAUGAAACGACUCGCAAUUGGCGUCGAGCUAGUGUCUGACCCCAAAGUGAUGCUGCUGGAUGAGCCAACCAGCGGGCUGGACACUGUCGCGUCUUAUCAAGUGUUGAGUUAUGUUCAAAGUUUAACGUUGCUUCAAAACAGGGCCAUUAUUAGCAUCAUCCAUCAACCGAGCUCGAAUAUUCUCAAACUGUUUGAUGACGCAUUGGUUCUAUCGAAAGGUCGCGGUUUAUAUUGUGGUCCUUUACCGGAAAUGAUAGAUGUUUUUGCGGUAGCCGGACUGGAGUGUCCUGUGUCACACAGUCCAGCAGACUUCGCUCUGGAAGUUGCUUGUUUGGAUCACGAAGACGAAAGGAUACAGCGGCUGUUAGAAGGCGAGUCAGAACGUUUACGUAAGGUUUCAACCGUGCAAAAUUUCUCUAUGGACUCUGAAGAUCGAAGUAGAUAUAUGCUUAGUACUGGACAGCAGAUUUCCCUUCUAUUGAAAAGAACUCUUCGCUGUACCUUACGAGACACGUACAACCUUAAAGCUCGAACAGUCAUUAGUAUUCUAAUUGCUACUUUAACUGGAAUCGCAUUUUACGAUACGGGAAACAACGUAGCCAAAAUAAUUUCCAAUACUUCAGUGCUGAUGAUUGUUGUUUAUAGCGUAUUCUUCACCUGUGCCUUCUCGGCGAUUCUGACAUUUCCCUUGGAAUCAGCAGUUUUCAUACGAGAACACAAAAACAAUUGGUAUUCGCUGAUACCAUACUACGUAUCCAAAUUAUUGAUUGAAGUUCCUGCUUUGAUCUUUUCUACGACAGCGUCGUUUUUCAUCAUGUACUUCCUGACCGGUCAACCGCUGGAACUGCACCGGAUGUUUGCGCUCUGGAUCAUAUCGCUGCUUUCCGGUUGGGUGGCCCUAUUGAUGGGACUUUUGCUUGGCAAUAUGUAUCCAAUGCAGACGGCCGUAUUCCUGACCGUAAUGAUAGUCAUUCCGUGCAGUUUGUUUUCCGGUUUCUUCGUGACACUGAAGGACAUGCCGCUGUAUCUGAAACCGUUAACCUUCAUAUCGUUUGUGCGCUACAGUGUCGAAGGUGCCGUUAAUGCCAUCUACGGGUUCGGACGAAAAGAAAUGGAGUGUCGGGAUAUAUUUUGCUAUUUUACUUUGCGCAAAUUUCUUGUACUGCUUGGAAUGCCGGAGAUCGAGUGGGUGUUUGACCUUCUAGGGUUAAUAGUGUGGAGUGUGAUUUUGCAUUUAGCUCUUUAUUGGAGCUUGUUCAAGCGCACAAAACGAGACGCUUGA